AUGUCUUCGCUCUUCCUGAUUUUCUCUGUAAUUCUCCUCGCAAUCUUCAACCUCACAAAUUCGACCUAUACCGAAAAUGAUGGACUUGUUAGAGCUGUUGAUCUAUUCUCAAAAAUCAAGGAUUUCCACAAACAACACGAUUCCUUGAAUUUUGCAAAUUGUUUUGAUGAAAACUUCAAUUUCAAUGAUUGUGGUGUCAAGUACAAUAAAUCGAAUUAUAUGGAUCAAUUUAUGAAUGUUGAGGAUUUCGAUGAAAGUGCGACUUUUAAUGUAGAACAAGUUCGCGCGAUUCGAUUUGGUUGGAGUUUUAUAGUUGUCGAGAGGUUUUCGGAUGGUGUCGAUUUUUAUUCGAAUUUCACGGCGGCUCGGAGAGCCCAGGUCACGACCAUUUUGCCCCUCGGGUCAGACGAGAGACGACGGGAGUCUGAUGACGUCAUCUGA